CACUGGAAAAGCUUAGGAGUUGGUGGAAUAACCUCGAACUGCUCAAGUUCAGUUCUAGGCCUCUAAAGCUUAGCGCUGCUUGUCGCAGCUGUAUUCGAAGCAGAUUUCUAGAGGACAUUGUGCUUUUGCUGCAUACACUGUGCUGGACCGGACGAGAUGAUCUUCUCAGACUGCUGCUCGAUACAGUUCCUCGACUGAAUGUAAACGCAAAAUUGCCGAGAAGUUUGUCUGUGGAGAGGAGCCCGACACGUACAAACACGAAAUCGAUCAUCCUCAUUAUGGGUCGCUUUGAAGCGUCUGACAAACGUGGCAUAACACCCUUGCACGUGGCGACGGCGACACGAAAUAAACAAUGCGUCUACGUCCUACUUAGACACGGCGCUAAGAUCAACGCGCUGGGAAGUUUUGAUGAGUCACCACUUCAUGUUGCUUGUGCUGUGGGUGAUGAGCAACUCACAGAGAUGAUGCUACGUCUCGGUGCAGAAGUGAAUAUGAAGACUUACACUGAAGACACGCCUCUGCACGUAGCACUAUUGAACGGUCAAGGAAAUUGUGUUGACAUACUACUGAAAUAUGGUGCUGAUCCCAACACACCUUCUAAUUGCAAAGUGAUUCCUUUGUCACCAGGAAAAAUUAUGCGGUUGUACUACAAGCCGAGAAGGGGGUUUGGUGAUCGACCUCUUCAUUAUGCCGUUUCCUUGCCAAGUGUUGGUGUUGUUCGAAGCUUGAUCGCCGCUCAUGCUGAUGUUAAUUUAGAAGGAUUUGGUGGUCGGGGUGUAUUUUCUACUGCAGUUGCUUCUGGUAGUAUUGAAUUGGUAGAGGGUCUCGUCGCAGCAGGCUGUGAAGUCAAUGUGCCUGACAAAUCAGGAGUUGUUCCACUGAAUAUAGCUAUAGGGUUGCGUGAUGUCCAUAUGGUGAAGUGGCUGCUAGAACAUGAAUUUGACCCAAACACACAGAUCUCAGAUAAAACAUCCAUUGCCAUGGCAAUAGACGAUAUGACUUGUCCGGUAGAAAUCAUCAAACUACUUCUUGAUUAUGGUGCCAAAGUAAAUUUGCAAGGUGGCAGGUGGCUCUAUGGAAGCCAACUGUCUCUUCUGCACAUCGCAAGUUAUCGUCUGCGUGCUGAUGUUGUUUCUCUUCUUAUUUCUCGUGGAGCACUCGUGAAUGUACAGUCUACAGAAAACAAGACUCCACUUAUGAUUACCCCUAUUGACUUUCAUGGUGGCUCUAGAAUGUUAUCAUCAGUGAUUAUAAUUCGUCUUUUGAGUCAUGUACCAGGGAUUGACCUAGAGACAAGAAAUAAUGCUGGCAGUACAAUAUUACACAUUUGUGCUCAAGCUGAAAAGCCAAUUGAUUUUGUUAGAAUCUUGCUAGAAGCAGGAGCCGAUCCUACAGCCUUGAAUAAUGAUGGAAAUUCUCCAGCUGACAUCGCCAGCGUCAAGGAGGUGACUGAGAUGAUUCAAUCAUAUGUUGGUAAAGUGAGGUCUUUGCAGAUUCAGUGCAAAGUCGCUCUCCUUCGAUCAUUUGGCCCCGGUCGUUUACACUUUGCUCCACUUCCUACAGGAUUAAAGGAGUUUUUGCUGGAUGGAUUCUCUGAUUGGCUUUCUGAUUGACGUCACUUCAAGCAUACAUAAAUACUUUGUCAUUAAUUAAGACAUUGUCUUCAUUGGAUAUUUGAAAGAUAACAGACUAACAUACAUGGGUAAUAAAGACAGUAUAUGUAGGGUGUUUGUCAUCAAUCAAUUGCAAGUAAUCAAAUUGGUUAACGAUUACUGAACUUUGAACCUUCACACUUU